AUGCAUACGCCUUCCUCCUCGGCACAGCAACACCACAUCACACAUCCCUCGUCCGUAUCGCCUUCGACCUCAACCGUUUCAACGGUCUACUUUGGCGGCAUGGAAAAUGAUAUGACACCUGCGAGCUCUGUCCUCGAUAUUAGCCAACGCGAUCUCCACAACAACAAUGCGCCAUCCCCCGCCGCUGGUGAGACAUCCAACAGUCAACAACAACAGAGCGGUGCCUAUCUGUCAUCGUGGGCUAAGGCUGAUGGUUCGUUGAUUAAUCGCACCCUCACCGUCCCUGGUGACAACACCACCUUGGAUGAGGUCAUGCGUCGUCUGUCGCACUCGAGCGCAGGGAGCGAGAUGAACACGAUCCGGCCUGCCAGUGCUACCAGUAUGUUAGACGAUGGCGACAUGGCAGCAUAUUCACUCGAGGCAAGGAUCAUCCAAAAGAAGGACCAGCUCGAGGAACUCUCAGCUACAGGAACCAUCAUCCCAGCACCCACGGUCGAGGAAGUUCGGACAGGGCAACAGUUCCUGAUCAAGAUCCACCUCUCCAGGAACAACAGCGCCACUCUCCCCUCGAGGUUCCCGGCCUUGCGUGUGGGUCGUCGCGAGGCGAUUAAUACUGCAGGCGAGGCGCGUUCAGAACCGGAGCCGUUGACACUCGAGAUUGCGGUCCAUUUGGCCAAGAGUGGGCAGACCCGCAAGGGUGCCUGUGCUAAAUGCUGCCACAAGUACGGACCAUCGUCGCCAAUUCUGGUGUUAUUGGACCCACUGUCACCGUCCGCGACCGACCCAGCCUCAUACGCACACGUCGACACAACCUCAGGAUCGAUCACAAUGCUCGCAAAAGUCCUCUGCUCCUCGACCGACCACGGCGAACGUGGCAACAAGGACAGGUACAUUUUCGAGUUCCGACUCAAGUCCACCAGUAGUAUGCCCCUCAUCGCCUCCACCACUGUGCUAUCCGACAACAACUCUCCAAGAACCUCCGAAGCACCGGAAGAUGAGGGCGAUACUGUCUCGAGCUGCUUUACCCAACCGAUCAUGUGCUCUGGUCACCACAAGGCUAAACGUGUUUACCCACACCAGCGGCCUAUUAAGACUCCAAAGGGGAUCCCGACACCCAAGACCAAGACGAUUAAGCGCCACAAGAGUGUACCAACCAUCACGAUGCCUCUACAAGGAAAUAGUAGCACUCAUGCUGACAGGGCUGGUGGUGAUACUUCGUCGUCUUCGGAUUAUUUACAGGAUAGUGCCGGUGGUCCCUUGUCGUUCCUGCCAGAUCCUCUAUCGCAGUUGAAUAAUUACUCGCAUCAUCCUCACCACCCACAUCACCAACACCAACAACAACACGAGCAGGAGCAUCACCACAAUCUUCACCAGAACGAUCUUAAUUCUCGGUCACAUAGUCUUGACAACCAGGGUCAUUCCUUCGUAUCAACUUCAUCAACUCUCUCAAACAACGACGACGACUCUGCCCAUACACCAACAACAUCAACAAGCAAUGCCAACUCUCAUGGACUUUCGGACCCCAUGCAGCAACUACCCUGCCCAAGGAUCAUUGAAGUCCGGCCGGACCAUGGACCUAUCCGCAAGGCGACCGAUGUGGUAUUACGCGGGCUGGCGUUCCGGGAAGGGAUGGUGCCCUAUUUCGGAUGUUUCCCUGCUCGGGAUAUCGUUGUCGAGACGAGUAACCUGAUGGUCUGCAAGGUGCCCGAGAGCCCCCUCCCUGGCACGGUCACGAUUGCGAUCUAUGAUCAUCUGGGCAACAAUUUUUCGGAUCUGAGCUCAUUCACGUACACGGAUGAUAGUGAAACCGAAUUGUUGAUCUUGCAGUUGCAGCUGAGGUUGGCGCAUCGUGCGUUGGAGUAUAUGCACGCCAGGGCGACAGGGCAGAAGGGGAACGCGGUGGAUAUUUUGAAGGAUAUUCCUGGUUUGGCGACUUCCCCUCGGUCCGGAAGUGUGUUGAUGAUGGAUGCCCCUGACAGUGGAUUGUUGGAUGAGGUCAGUGAGGCUGUGAUGACAUCUUCUGAAGGAGAGGAGGUGGGUGAGGAUAUCCCGUUGAUGACGUUGGCGCAGAUCGAGGAGAGUAUCUUGAGCACUCUUGACAACGUCCCCCGCGGAAUGGACAUCUCUGUGCAGCUGGAUGAUGGAACCAACUUGUUGCAUUUGGCGAUCUUGUUGGGACUCAACUACCUCGCGGUCAGACUUAUUGAGGAGGGCUGUGACCUCGAGGCGCAGGAUGUCUGGUCGAUGACUCCUCUUAUGUAUGCCGUUCUUAAGAGCAACGAGGUCAUUGCCCGCAUUCUCAUCAUUGCGGGAGCAACGAGUUCGGGAGCGAGCACGCCACAAGCGUUCUACGCGCGGUUACCCCGGACCGUGGAGCCUACACAGUCCAUGUACAACUUCUUGUCGGUCAGUUGUACACGCUUCUCGGGAUCGUCUCGUCUCUACACCGUCGAGACCCCUUCGUCUAUACAGGAUUCCGAGAUGACAGAGGAAGAAGAGGAGUCGAUAGAGGCGAGCUCGGAUGGUUCUGUCGAGGUUGCUCCUUCUGCUUCUGCCGCGGUCGUCGUUGCUGACAAAGUGGAACCGUUGCCUGAGCCGACCUCCUCCAACAUCAGCAAAUCUUCUGAAGGAGACGACAAGAAGGUUAAGCAGGAGCCAUUACCCUAUCUGGCGACAGCUAUGCAAGGUAUCCGCACAACACCGUUCAUGCCCCCAUUGGAUGAACAGGACUUGCCACCUAUGCACACGGUCGAACAGGAUGGGUCGGUGACGAUCAACACCAAGGUCAUCCUCGGAGCUGAUUACUAUGGCAGUCAAGGAGCUGAUUACUAUGGUAGUCAUGGACCGGAGCUGUUCCGGAACGUUCACCCGGAAUCGGGAUACCAUUCUGGAGUCUAUUCCGAGGUGCAGGAGCAGUUGAAUCGGUUGCAUUUGACCACCCUCCCGUCACAGGGUGUCCAGAUGGAGGUUGCGCUCAAGCAGUUAACCCCCACUUCGACUUCUUCGUCCGCAGCAGCAAGACAGCGAUCGGUGGCGGUGAAUAUGAUGCGUUCGAUGCCGGCGUUAGAGUUGUUCAGGACUGGGGAUACAUUUGGAGUCGAGAUCCGGCUAAAAUCGACAGAUCCUCGUGUGCCAAUGCCGAAGGAGUUUUUGGGGUUGAGGUUCCCGUAUGAGAUGGUAAAGCGAGUUAGUGGGCGACCGGCGUCUAUCUUUACAGAGAUGACGUAUAUCCUGAGGGCGUCUGUUGAACUCGGCAAGAGCUCUGUACCGCUUUCGACUUUGACUACUACCACGUCUGACCAGGUUCAGGAGCAUGAGCAUAUGGAGGGAGAGGAAUCGCAAUAUGGAGACGGGAUCCCGUUGAUCGGAACGUGCCAGGCAUGCUCCAAGUUCUUGCACGAACACAAGCAGCUGUCCCCUACCAGACGGUCCCCGUCUAACCCCUCGUUCUAUCCCGUCCUCCAGUUCAACAUCCCUGGCACUUCCACCAACUCCACUACUACUGCCACUAGUGCUAAUAUUGCCGUAGCAACAGCGGCAGCGCAAGCUGUGGCCAGCAGUGCAGGAGUUGUAGAAAUGAGGGACGGAGUGUGCGAAGUCAAGGCAAAAGUCAACUGCUCGAGCCUGCACCACCUCGUCCAGCGCGAGAAGGCUCGUCGUACUGCCGAGCUCAAACUGCGCCGUCAACAGCAGGAGCAGGAAGCUGCAUCCUCCCCCCUCACCCCGGCCGCCGCCGCCGCCACUCCUUCUAAACCUUCAGAGUCCUCUUCGACGGGAGUGAAGGCGAAGAAGUCGUCGUCGUCGUUGUCAAUGGCAGAUCUGAAGGACCCCGGGUUCGUAUUCAAGUUUGAGAUUGUUCAUCCUGUUACUGGGGAGGUUGUUGCACGGAGUGAGACCAAACCGAUUCUUUUCCAGAGUUAUUCCCGUGGCCGCAGUUAG